UGUCACUGACCGUACGUUCAACAAGUACUCCGGUAACCAGGCAGACGCUUUGGAUUGUUGGAGUGUAGGCUACGUAGCUCUAUCCCUUAUUUUUCUAUUUAUUUAUUCAAGUUAUACUUUUUUUCAUUAAGGUCCAACAGGUGCUGAUGAUGUGGGGAGCCUCGCUGUUUUUUUUCUACUAUGUCGUGGCCCAGGGGACAUCAGAUGAAAUUAAAGUGGAGUGUUCUAAAUUUCAUGGUUCCAGUUUUCCUCCUGUCAGUGAUACCUCUCCAUCUUUCCUGGCGGACCUGAGAGUGGAGCGGAUGACAGUGGGAGGAGAAGAUAUGAUGAACAUCAGCUGGGCAAUCAACAUUGAUGCUAGUAUUGGAACUCUGACAAGCACUCGGAUCGCAAUUGGAGGGGAAGACUACCGCUGUGAAUACAAACCAGUUUUGGCCACGGCAGGCCUCAGCUCAGACAAGAAAUGGUUUCAUUAUUUAGUAAAAGCAAGCUAUGGCGACAUCGUCAUCCAAGCUGCCAAUCUCCCUUUGCCUCCACCAAACAGCGGUCACGCCUAUAAGUAUAUCACGAUCGAUAUACCUCGUCCAGCAGUUAAUUCAGGUGUUACAUCAAAGCCUACUACAGGUCCUACAGCAACAGAGAUCACAUAUUUAGAGAAAUCAGCUGUCCCUGAUAAUGGCGACUUCACGAGCACAGUGGUGGGUGCCAUUUUUGGAGGACUGGCCGGUUUGAUGAUCCUAAGUUCCUGCUUCAUAAUCUAUAAAAGCUGUGGAACCAACUUUACCAACUCACUGGGUUUCAAAACGUUGCCCACAUCUCCCAUGGCUUCCAUUCCCAUCCUGAUGGUGUACCCUGCGGAGAAUUCAGCCUUCCAGCAGGCCGUGGUGGCCCUAGCAGAGUUCCUGCAGUGGCACGGCGGCUGCAACGUAGCUGUCGACAUGUGGCAGCAGGGGAAGAUCGCAGAGCUGGGUCCAAUGCGCUGGCUGGCAGAACAGGCCAAGGCUGCACACAGAGUGCUCAUCGUCUGCCCACAGGUAGAUAUUUCCUCUUCACAGACCAGCCACUCUCCUCCCAACCACACCUUCCCAGAAUCCGCCAUCCCAGCAGCAGCUCAUGACCUUUACCCACUGAUUCGCAACAUGGUGGCGAGCCAUGCGAAGAGCGCCAGCGACUUGGCUAAGUUCUGGGUGGUGCAGCUGGGCGAGCAGCAGGACAAGAAUCCUAGUAACCUGGCACCGGAACUGAGGGCCUGCAAGACUUUUUGUCUGGUGAAGGACUUAAACAAGCUGUGCAGGGGUCUGCAUACCCAGAGUCAAGAUGAGAAGAAGAUAUCCGAUCUGAUCUUCAGACCAGGGAAUGCCUACAGUGAAAAGUGUACAGUGAAGUUGAGGGAAGCUGUAGAAAAACUAGGUGGACAUCAGCCAAGCAUUUUCAGAGAGGUGGAACCAUUGAGAUCUGUGGUCGCUAUUGUUUGAACAUCUUUAAUGAAAAUGUUUAGAUUGGCGGAUAAAGAGGAUGAGUCUGAAUAGUUGAUAGUGAAUAGCUGAGUCUUUUGUUACGCUUUCUGCAUUUAUUUACUUUACUUUGUUUUAGGUAUGGCAUAGACCUAUGCUGAUUUUGGUUACCAAAACACUGGCGCGGACACCACAAAGUGGAUAUGUGUCUCUGUCAGUAUUUCAUCUGUGGUUUGAAGCACUGCAUACUGUAUUUGUCUAUUUUGUAAUAACCUCAAAGUUUCCCAUUUUUUGUUAUCCACCUCAAAGAUGCUCUGUAGACAUUGUAAACUGAUGAAUAGUAGUACAAAAAAUGUUAUGUAAUAGAUUUAAGAAAUAAUGAAUUUGAUGUAUUCAUUUGUUAUGUUUAUUUAAUCUGCAAUUCUUAAAUAUCAAUUAACGAGAAAGAGGUGGUUGCUACUCCUGCAUCGUGUGCCCCUGAAGGUGAUUAAUGGGUAUAAAAUUGGUGAUUCAUGCCUUUCGUAUUGUGUUCGUUGGAUAGGCCAAGGGGCCCAGCAGACAAGUGGGAAUGUCCCAAUUAUUUACUAAAGGUCACAUAUUAUGCUUUUCCAUGUUUUCUGUCAUACCUACAAUGUUAUAAUGUUGUAUUUUUUACAAAUAAUGAGGUAAAGGUAUUUUAGACAAAUCCCUGCGAGCUAAAGCGUUCAGAUUUCCAACUAUUCUGAACGCUACGGUUUCAACAGUUUUUUUCUACUCUCGGCUACGUCUUACGCAACUCUGCUGGCCUUCUAUGCUUGGUCAUCUGCUCAGAGUAGGCAGGACUGGAGUGUUUUUUUUUUUUUUUUUAAACACUGCGGCGUUAACAUUGUCCCAUGUAACUACAUGCUAACGACAGUAAACAAUGUCACCUUGGCUGCCAGUGUCGUUAAAUUCUCCCCAAUUCCGGGUCACAUUACUCCUGAAACAUUUUCUGUUAGUAGUAUUUGGUUUUUGACUGUAGAAAUUGCUGCUAUAAUCUUUUAGUGUCAACUACUAACUAAAGUAGCUAACUUUACAUGGCUAACGGCAGUAUAAACAAUAUGUUUCAGCAGUAAUGCGACCAAUUCUGGGUCACAUUACUGCUGAAACAUAGCCUGACGUGGUCAUACUCAGAUUCUAGCUUCCCGACCUCGA